AUGAAUGAACACAAUGAACAAGGACAGCAGACUGCUGCACAGUUCAGGCCAGAACACCUCUUAUCGGAGAACGAUCCUUACCUCUCCGGAGAUGAUUCCGACGAUGACGAUCCUGUCGAACUGUUCAUGGCGAAAGUUGGUAACAGACGCAGACCAGCCUGUCAGAUCGAGUCUGUCAAGACUUUCUGCCACUCGGGUACACUGCAGCAACUCAUAUCGAACAGCUCAAGGCUUCCAUCAGAUAAAAAAUGCUUGGUCGAUGACAUGUCCAAUGAUGGACCAAAGUCGAUAAGGCUAGGGAGCUAUAAGCCACUAACGAGUUGGGAAAUGUACCACAAAUUAAAGAAGAAAAAGCGGUUUCACAACACAAUUCCCACCGGGAUGCCUGCUGAGAUCAAUAUAGAUCGCAGAUUAAUUGCCGCGCAGCCUCCACGGGGAUAUUUCAACUUUGCUCAGCAGUUCCACCUGCCAUUUUACUCAUGGCGGUGCACUCGAGAAGAGCUAAGAGACACUCGACGCAAAGUAGACGGAAGUCCACUCAGGGAAGUCUGCAGCAUGCAUUUCAUUCGCGGGAAGCUGUCCGAACCAGUUCGUGAAGUUGACUACCUUUGUGAGGGGCAGCUUUCAGUCCUUAUUGCCGCUAUCGAUAGGCGGAUAUGGACAGGGUAUUGCUUUGUGGAUACAUACUACCAGCCUAGAAGUCAACGACAGACCGUUGAGGAUUUCUGUAAGGAUGAUGCGAACCCGGAUGACUUGCAAACGGAUCCUUUCAUCAACGGCGAGUGCGAUGCCGAUAACCCUAUCGUGGAUGCCGUAGAGUACUUCAUGACAUCUUUGAACUCUCAGCUAGGAAUUUCCAAGUUUCCAUAUGACUCCCAGAAACCACAUUCUACACUAUCCAAGGAAACCCAGGAGUCUACGGUUUGGCUUCGGUUGACUAGAAGCCAGCUCACUAAGCUGAUAAUAUCUCUGGAGAGCACCAUCCACUGCUGGGAUAAUCACCCAGCCAAAGAAAAAUCUCCAACGCCUUAUGAAGAACGGUGUCUUGAGUCAAUAGAGGAGGCAAUCUCAGAUCUCAAGGGUCGUCUGUUUGAGCUUCAGAACGUGUUGAGGCAGUGCGAUGAACACGAACACGCUUUGAAUCUUGACAACAUUGAGGCACAGAAGCAACGACACAUUUUCUGCUUCAUGUAA